AGGAUUUUCGCUAGGCGCCAUUCAGAAAGCUACACAUUUUACUCAACAGGAGGCAGCAUCUUUUCGCUGUGUCUUCCUCCACCAUUGCGAAAAGUAGCUUUGCGUGUAAAGAAGCUUAAACAAUGAAUAAUGGCGACAAAAGCCUGGUCUGGCCUUGGAGACUUUGAAUCUUAUUCGCUGUAAUUUUGUUUUAAUCCCUGCAAUGAACGGCACGCAAGCCAUUUCAGUCAAACACCCUUUCUGAAUACAGAGCUACAAGGGAGAGACUUCAAUAUUCCUCGCGGCUGUGAUCGGAAAAUGAAGCGACCACUCCACUCCGGUAACCUCUCCGGCGACGAGAUAACAAAGAAAACAAAGCUCGUAGUCGUAGAAGAAGAAGAAGAGCGCGAAGAGAGUGCGUUGGUGAACCUAGACGACGAUUUACUCUUCGAGGUACUGAAGCACGUGGAUGAGCGCACGCUGGCCACGGCGGCGUGCGUUAGCAAGCGGUGGAGGAACACGGCGCACGACGAGAGGCUCUGGGAGAUGCUCUGCACGCGCCACUGGGCUAACACCGGGUGCGCCAGCGACCAGCUACGCACGGUGGUCCUCGCCCUCGGAGGCUUCCGUCGUCUCCACGCGUCCUUUCUCUGGCCGCUCCUCAAGACCAGGACGACGUCGUUGUCGCACUCUCUGUCCACGACGUCGUUUCCGCCGAAGAAGGGGUGUAGGCGGUGGGGCAAAGACGAGGUUCAUCUCUCGCUGUCGCUGCUGUCCAUUCGGUACUAUGAGAAGAUGGAUUUCAGUUACAAAGGUUGUACGAAUAGAAAAUGUUAACUAUGUCUCUAAGAUUUUCAUUUUUUUUUUUUUUUUUUUGUUAAUUCUCGGAUUUUUGUUUCAAUUUUUGUCUUCUUUAAUACCCUUACGACCUAAUGUGAUGGAUAUUGUGUU